AUGAAAGAGGGGGAGGGCGGCGUACAUCGGAAUUACGUUCAUACUGCAGAGUCGCCGCGAAUCGACAAGAACGAACUGCCGCGAGGCAUCAUAGAGAAUGGUUUCCCGAUUUUCCGGCGUGCGACAAGCCUGCCAGAUUGGGCAUGCCUUGUGAGAUUCGGUUCGUCGCGCAUCAACGACGGCCAAGUACAAGUCUCCCCAUCACCAUCGUCAGCGUUGAGGGCCGCCUACUCCAUCGGCGUCGUCUAG